UGCUUAAGCAUAAGCGUGUGAGGGUGCACAGUCGAUAUCGUUGAACUUUAGCAAGGCCUGACACGCCCUGCAGUGAUUCCACCAUGAAUCACUCUGAGUGACCUUGACAUGUGGUGGGAUGCUCUCGCCGAAUGCUAGAGAUAUGACGUCAUCGUGUCCGAAUUCAACGUAGCAAAGUUGAGCGAGAGCUCUCAAAGCUUAUUCCGAAAACACGAGCGACGCUUAUGGCCACUUGACAAGGCAAACCAUGCCUUCAGAAGAUGAUGGAUCACGUUUCACAAUGGAGCUGGAGCUUCUCGAGGCCAUGUAUCCGGAUCAGAUCAAAUACGAUCCAAAAAGCCGUGACCUCAAGUUCACAGGCGAUGGCGGGGCACUGCUUCAAUUGCGGGUGCCAGACGAAUACCCUGAAUCUGCAUCUCUAGACGUCCUUGGGGCUAGAGAUGCGCGAAAGAAUGACUUGCGGGAGCAUGUGCGUGCUACGAUCAAAGACCUGGGGCUCAUUGAUGGAGAAGAGGCUCUGGAUGCGGUUAUCGCCUCCUUUCAGAGCGUGGUUGAUGCUACAAGCGCCGCUUCCCACGCCAAAGACAACAUGGAUGAGACAUCCGAUACUUCAAAAAUAUCUGCACCGGACAAGACGGUCAUCAUUUGGCUCCACCACCUUCUUGCUCUCGGCAAACGCAAGCUCGCACUUUCUCCCACCUCGAUAUCUGGCAUCACCAAGCCUGGAUAUCCGGGCAUUAUGCUUUUUUCUGGGCCCACAGCAGCAGUCACUGAUCAUGUCAACACUUUGAAGGCGGAGCACUGGCAGGCUUUCCAGGUGCGGUACGAGGAGGCUGAGCUCUGGACGUUCGAGCACGGCAAGGGCAUCCGGGAAGUGGAGACAAUGGCAGACGUGGUCAAAGGGCUGCAGGAAGAGAAUAGGAGAGACGAGUUUCUCAAGGCGGUUGGGAUAAAAUAAGGUGCGGCAGCCUUUGGUUUUGAGAUGCUUCAGACACAGCUGAGCUGAGCCGUCGGACCGGCGCCCUACAUGAAGUUGGUUGAGCUCGCACAAUCUCGGCAAUCGUAAACGGAUAAUCGCCGCGCCAGAGCGGGAUGUGUGAGGAAUCUCGAAUAGGCACAGCAGUGAGGUGUUUCGAACAGA